AUGAGCAUGCAAAAGCAGGGCAAGAUGCAAGCCUUCGUCAACUACCGAAUGCGCGCGACUCUUCACGAUGGCCGGCAGCUUGUCGGUCAGAUGCUCGCAUUUGACAAGCACAUGAACCUCGUUCUCGCCGACUGCGAAGAGUUCCGGAGAGUGAAGCGCAAGACGAAGCAGGGAGGCGCACCAGGCGCACAAUCAGGCGGACAAACUGUUGAGACGGAGGAGAAGAGAUCGCUGGGACUGGCAAUUGUUCGAGGUGCCAACAUCGUCUCCUGCUCCGUCGACGGCCCACCACCAGCAGAUCCAGCUGCACGACUCGGACAGAGCGCACCCGGUGGAGGAUCAGUCGCGCCAGCAGUGCAAGCGGGCCCAGGCACCGCGAAACCAGCAGGAAGAGGAGCAGGCAUUGGCCUUCAAGGACCAGCAGCUGGUGUUGGAGGACCAGGUUUCCCGGGCGCCGGAUUCCCAGGUGGACCGCCAGGCGGCUUCGCUGGCCGUGGUGGACCCCCUGGUGGAUUUCCUGCUGGGUUCCCGCCCGGUGGUGGUCCGCCAGGCUUCCCACCUGCUGGUUUCCAACCUCCUGGCGGUCGUGGCUUUCAGCCUCCGUCCGGUGGAUUCCCAGGCCGGUAG